GGGGCGGCCGUGGAGGCGCGGCGGCUGCGGGUGCCGGAGCUGCGGGACGAGCUGGGCCGCCGCCGCCUGGACGCCCGUGGGCUCAAGGCCGGGCUGGACGUGCGGCUGCAAGAGGCGAUGGACAGCGAAGGGACUCGGCGGGGGGACGCGGCGGGCGCCGGGGGCCGGUACGGCCUCGACAACCACAGCCACGAGCCCCAGGGUGGCUACCAGGAACCCCAGGGUGGCUACCAGGGCCACCAAGGCCACCACCAGGAACCCCAGGGUGGCUACCAGGGCCACCACCAGCAAUUCCAGGGCCACCAAGGCCACCACCAGGAGUUCCAGGGCCACCAAAGCCACCAACCCUACGAGGGUCACGAGGCUGAGCCCCCUGGGCUGCCCUCAGCGCUGACCUCCAAGCCGGACGAGCUCCCCCCAGCCCCCCCCCCAAAUUACCCCCCGCCCCCUCCCCACGCCCCCCGCCCCUCCCCCCCCCCUCCGGGGGCUACGGAGCCCCUCCCCCAAAUUACAGCCCCCCCCCCCUCAUUACGGCGCCCCCCCCAAUUACCCCGCGCCCCCGCCUUUACCGCCCCCUCCCCUUAUUCCGGCCCCCCCCGCGGGGGGGGCGGGGGCGCUUUUGGGGGGGGUCCCGACCCCGACCCCUCCCCCCCCAACCGGAAGCGUCCAUUCGAGGAGCGGGGGAGGGGCUGCCAGGAGCACCACCGGGAGAAAAGGCCCCGCUCCCCGCAGCCGCCGGCCGAGGAGGAGGACGACGACGACUUCGACGAUUCCCUGGUGGCUGUGGACACCUACAACUGCGACCUGCACUUCAAGGUGGCACGGGACAGGUACAGCGGGUACCCGCUGACCAUGGAGGGAUUCGCCUACCUGUGGUCAGGGGCCAGGGCCACCCACGGCGCGAGGCAGGGCCGGGUCUGCUACGAGAUGGAGGUGCUGGAGGAGAUCUCGGUGCAGCACCUGCCGCCCUCAGAGCCCGACCCGCACGUGGUGAGAGUGGGAUGGUCCCUGGACUCCUGCAGCACCCAGCUGGGGGAGGAGCCCUUCUCCUUCGGCUAGGGCGGCACCGGCCGCAAAUCCAGCGACGGAAAGUUCCAGAGCUACGGAGCCGCCUUCGGCCAGGGCGACGUCAUCGCCUGCCUGGCGGAUUUCGAGGCGGGAGAGGAGGUGGAGCUGUCGUUCCUGAAGAACGGGCAGUGGCAGGGGCCUGCCCUUGGGGUGUUCUCACAUAGAGAAGGAAGGGGGAGCUUCGCCGAAGCGGACAGUGGCAGGGACAGGGGAAGAUUCUCCCCCGAGCAAGGCCGUUUAGGCGUUUUGGGCACAUUAUUGGGAAUUGGGGAAGGGGACAUGGGGACAAGACCAGGGCGGGCCCGCGUCCGACCUCAGGAUCCCGGACACAGGGACAGAGGGACACGGGGACCCCGCAGCAAGGCCGAGUGCGAGAUGCUGAUGAUGGUGGGGCUGCCGGCGGCGGGGAAGACGACGUGGGCGCUGAAGCACGCGGCUGAAAACCCCGGCAAGAAAUACAACAUCCUGGGGACAAACGCCAUCAUGGACAGAAUGAGGGUGAUGGGUCUCAGGAGGCAGAGGAACUACGCCGGGCGCUGGGACGUGCUGAUCCAGCAGGCCACGCAGUGCCUGAACCGCCUGAUCCAGAUCGCAGCCCGGAAACGGCGCAACUACAUCCUGGACCAGACCAACGUGUACGGCUCAGCCCAGUGCAGGAAGACGCAUCCUCCAUUUUCAGAGAAACCAACUCCAAAACCCCUCAAAAAUCGCUAA